GACUCAUAGGAAGCUCAAGCCUGAUUGGUUCUUUCCUCAGACUCUGUCUGAUUCUGGGGUCAUAGUAGACAACUUUCGCCACAGUCUCUACUGUUCACCCGGGAGCCCAGCUUAGGGAGUCCUCCUUCCCCUGCUACUAUCUCCUCCCCUGACCCACCCUUCCAGCUCCACGAUGGUCCCGUGGCUCCCUGCGGCCCCCUGGAUAGCAGUUUUGAUGGUGAUGCUGAGCAGAGGGAUCCAGGGUGGGACUCCUCCAGAGAACCACCUGCUGCGCGCACUGCACGAAUGCUACGCGGAGAACAACGGGACGCAGCGCUACGUCAUGAGAUGCAUCUUUGACCGCGAGGAGUUCAUGCGCUUUGACAGCACCGUGGGCGAGUUCCGCGCGCUCACCCCCAUGGGGCGACCGUGGGCCGAGUCCUGGAACAGUCAGAAGGACUACAUGGAGCGACGGAGGGCCGAGGUGGACACGGUGUGCAGACACAACUACGAGCUGAACCAGGCCUUCACUGUGAAGCGCCAAGUUCAGCCUAAGGUACAUGUGUCACCCUCCAAGAAGGUCAGCCUGAAGCACCAUGACCUGCUGGUCUGCCACACCACAGACUUAUACCCAGGCAACAUUCGAGUCCGCUGGUUCCGGAACAGCCAAGAGGAAACUGCCGGGGUCGUAUCCACCAACUUGAUCCGAAAUGGGGACUGGACCUUCCAGAUUCUGGUCAUGCUGGAGAUGACCCCUCAGCGGGGAGACAUCUACACCUGCCACGUGGAGCACCCCAGCCUGCAGAGCCCCGUCACUGUGGAGUGGAAGGUCGGGUCUGACUCCGCCCGAAACAAGAUGCUGACAGGAGUGUGUGGCCUGGUGCUGGGACUCAUCUUCCUGGCGGUGGGCAUCGCUAUGCAGUUGAAGAGUAAAAAGGCUCAGCCGAGAUCUCCAGGAUCUCCAUAGGCAGGUUCCACCUGCUAUGGUGUCCACCCGCUCCCGACAGUCCACGAGCUGAGCAGAGGCUGGAGAGAUGGCUCAGCAGUUAAGCACUUGCUAGAAUUCCAGAGGACCCCCGUUCAGUCCCCAGCAUCCACGCGCGACAGCUUUCAGCCCCAAAGGAAUGUACAUGUUCUUCUGCCGUCCAUGAGUACACACAUGCACACACACGCACACACACGCAC